AGUUCGGGACGUUCCUUGGAAAUUGCGAGAAAGAAAGACGAGAUCUCAGGUUUGCUUGCUUUCUUUUGUUUUUGGAGGAUUUUUUUCUGACAAUUUGUUUUGUGUUUUCUGACAUAUUCAUGUCUUUCUUAUAUCUUGUCACCACGGACGUCAGAUUAGCGAGCUUAAGCAUGAUAGUAAAGAAAACUUGUCGUAUAUUAUAAUUCGUAUGAAUUUAAUACAGUAUAAGAAGCUGAAAACAUUGGCUUUAUGUUUGGGAAGAGUUCUUCUGACCGAAUUUUAAGUUGCACUUGUUACGGCUUGAAAUGUAGGCGUUGUAUAAAAGACGUGAAAAUCUGUGAUUUGCCGUUGUAAACACAACGACGAUCACGUCUGAAAGUCCCCUGGGACUGUAAUUAUUUAUUUCUUUUCAUUGACUCAUUGUAUUGGUUGCCGUCGUCGUCAUGUUGCCGUCCUACAUGCUUAAGCUCCCUAUUGUCGGGAGGGGGGACUAAAAACUGUGUUUGUGUCAGUUUGUGGUAAUCUUCAACACAUCUGGCAAAAUUUUUAAAGUUUUUUUUUGCUUCCUUACACGAGCGCUAUGAUGCAAAAUGGCGCCAAAAUUAGAUAUACCAAUUUUUGGGUGACGUCCGUGUUGAGAAAAACGUCGCUUGCUUUCGCUCAAUAACAUCAUUUGUGGGUGUGCACGUGGCGGCAUGUCAGUGAUUGACAUAUGCAUGGCUUGACGUUUAUGUAUUUGCUCACAUAUUCAUGUACAUUUAUAGUCUGUCGGAAAGAACAUAUUCCUUGUGGGGCUACAUGUGGCAGAAUGUGAAUGAUUUUGUAAAUCCUCUAUUUAAUGAAUUAAAAACACAUUUUCUGAGACCGAGGACCUCGCCUCAAUACAUAAGGUAUGGUUCGCGUAAGUACAUUCAUAUGCAUGCACGUACUGUACAUACUAUAGCACAUGCAUUUCUACGGAUAUGGAAUGAGUACUUGGUUACGAAUCAUAUAGUAGUACCUUUCUCGUGCGUGCCCCAGUGACGUGCCCUUUUAAAAAUUAUAAAUACUAAAUCUGCUAUAUAGUGCAGGCCAUAUUUAAUUUGAUAAGGAGUGAGAAUCCUUGCAACCAUAAAAAAUCCUUUAAGCAUUGUUUCCAUUAGUCUGCAUAGCAGGCUUACGCGGGCUAGGUUUCAAUAUUCUCGUCGAUGUGAAAUAUCUUAGAUCUAUUAUGUAUUUUUGUGUGCUAUUUCAAAUCAGUCUUGACUGGUUACAGAGAGAUCAACAUUACAUUGGUCACCUUGACAUGGCCGAAACAGCCACGACCAGCUUGCCGCCAUUUUGUGCAGACAAACAGAAGUACCAGUGCUACGAUGAAAUAUAUUUCCAGUGUAGAUUGUAUACCCUACCUUAUCUCAAAUGUCUAUACAUGUAGUACUGUAAUGAAUUAUUUCAAUAUUUGUUUUCUGAAGGUGUUGGAGAGCAAUGUAUAAUCGUCAUGAGAAUGUUAUGCAUUCGAGAGAAACUGUGACGGAUGCCAUCACAAGUCUCGUUGAUCAAAAUGAUUCAAUACAAGAUCACAUCUCUCUACUUAGCAAGGUAUUACAUCAACUGUCUGUAUAAAUGUUUUCAUGUAAUACUAUGUUCUGUUGGUGGAUUGCAGUAAGCAUUAUAGAGCAGUACUGCCAGUGAUGUAUCCUAUUAUACUUUAUGUACAGUAAAUAAAUACCAUACAUUGUCACAGGACAACAAUUUUGCUGACUAGCUUAUCGCCAAGAUGAAUUUGGACAUUAUUUAGAUAGGUGUAACGACUCUGGGAUGCUCAAAACCAUACGCAAGCAUGGUUGAUUAAUCCAGCUGAUGCCGUUAUCAACCAAACGUCCUUACCUCGAACCACGUCAGACCAACCACUGGGAGUUUGAGGUGGACAAAUCCUGACGUUUGCAGUAUUUAAUAAAUGAGUCGUCGCAGAUAAGAAAGAUAUAUUCUCACUUGAAACUUUAAUGGUUUUCAAGAACAUUUGGGAGGUUUUUAAUCUGAUAGGAAUUAAGACCUUCAAAUGCUCGUUACAAAUUAAAGACUGAUGAUGAUUCGCAUGAGCACAGACAAUCAAUGGAAUUGUGUUGUUUUUUUCAAAAUCCGUCGAUGAAAAUAAUAGGCGAAUACAAUUUCUUCACAUGGUUACAGUAUAGGAAUCGUGUGGAUAUACCAUGAAUAUAGAUUGCAGUAUUUUUCCUGUGAAUGUUACUACACGUAUCUGCGAUUUAGAAGUAUGUUAAUCGUCAGCGGCAGUUGUAGUAUAUUUUUGGACGUCGCUAUAUUUCCUCAACUUUGUUCACGUUUGUCAUGUUUGUUUUCAACAUUGUAUAUUUUGUAUUUUUAGAGGAUAGAGCUAAUGAAAAUCAUUCUUGACAAGGAAACUGACAAUGAUUUGAAAAUUGUUAACGGACCCGAGGAAGGUGUUGAUAAAGUUGGUGAUGAGAGAAGCGAGGGAGAAAUAACUACUACAACAGACAAUGAAAAUCCAAGUUGUGAAGUUGAGAGAGAAUUAAGACGACAGGGUAUAACCUUGAGCGAAUUAGUCAGCGAUAAUCCACGUUUGUCAUUAGACUGGCAACCAUUCCGGGGAGUCACGCAGUGUUCCUGUGCAUCACCCAUUGAUUCUUUAACCAGAAAGGUCAGUUUCAUAUAACUCAAGGAAUUUCAGAAAAAACCGGUGGUUAAUACUGUAUGCCGUACAUAUGACCUAACAUAUGCAGUAUGCCAUCGCAACAAAACUGCAUGUAGCCUAACCGGAACCCAGUUGCAUGUACCAUUACAUCAUGAACCACAAUGUUAGAUCACGACCGCACUGCAACCAUAACCCACUACACCCUGCAUAAACUAAGCGCCGUUGGUAUAAGGGAGCCGCUUAACAUGUGCUUAAUUUAGUACGCGCACGUCACGAAAAACGCACGCUAAAUUCAGUGUCAGCAACACGGGUGAAAACAACGGAUUUUUUCUCUCAACAAAGACGGCUACAGAUGAAAAACAAAUUUAAACUGGUAAUAAAUCCAAAAGUAAAACAUAUUAUAUUAUAUAUUAUUAAUAUAAUAUAAUAUAAUAUAAUAUAAUAUAAUAUAAUAUAAUAUAAUAUAAUAUGUUUUACUUUUGGAUUUAUUACCAGUUUAAAUUUAUAUUUAUAAAUUUGGAUAUAUUACCAGUUUAUAUUAGUAACUAACAUAUUAGUAAGUAAUUAAUUCAUAACCCAAGCUACUUUUGUUUUAGUAUCACUGUUGGAACUGCGGUCAAGUAUUCUGUCGAAGAUGUAUUGACUAUCAGACGUCUCUCCCUGGACAUUACUCAGAAAAUAAAGUUCCAGUUUGCAAAAGCUGUUUUAAGAAGAUAGAAAAGAAACCGAGAACUGCCACAUGAUGUCAGUGUUGACGCGAUGGUCUGCAGGCCACCAUAUCAUUCAAGCCUCCGUUCACACGGAAUAAUAUACUAGCGAGCUGAAGCAAGCGAGUUCUUGUCAACACGGACGUCACCCGAUUAUCUCUAUAAUCUUGGCGGCAUUUUGCAUCAUAGCGCUCGUGCAAGGAAGCAAAAAACUCAGUUUUUAAUCCAGUCCCCUCUCGGAAAAUCUGUCCUGCCUCCUCCGCAGCCCCUCGUUGCGUCAUGGAAAGGUCACGAUCUGGCGAGGGCCUGCGGAAUCUUGUAAAAAAAAUGGCGCCGCCGUCAGCAAGUAAAUUUCUACAUAAUCUUGAAUAUAAACAAGAUAUAAAAAAGCGGCGUGAAACUUGUAAAUUAAACUGGCGACUCUUAGGACGUGGAAGGAAGCAUUUUUUAACGAUAAGGUUUGUUGUCCACACCAACGUUGCAAGAAUAAAACUGCCUUCUUUAACGAAGCAGGUUCAAAACAACAGUUAUUCAUUUUACAAGAUUCCGCAGGCCCUCUCGAAAUCGCGACCUUCCCAUGACACAACGAGGGCCUGCGGAGGAGGCAGAAAUCUGUCGUCCGUGUUGACAAAAACGUAAGCUCGCUAAUUCUUGCUCAAAGUGACAGAACGCUGCAUUUGCACGAUUUGCAUAGCCAGCCUGGUCUCGUAUGAACGUAAUCGUGGAAUUUUUCGACUGCAUGGUCAUUUACAAAUCUUUUAUCAACAUAAAACAAUGUUGUCAAUCUCCUACCCAGGGUUCUUUCCUUAUUUUUCACAUACGGAAAGUAUCGAGGUGGCAGUGCAACCGCGUUCACAGGGUCUUCCCUGGUAACGAGAUUGGUUGCAGUGUUGUUGGCAAUGAGCUCCAUAUAUAUCUGGAGCGAGAACUCGAGUCCAAAAAGUGAAGAUGGCGGAAAUUGAAGAGCUAUUGGACGUCAGUUCCAGCCCCUUUAUAUUGUUGUGCCAUAAUUUCAUAUUUUGACCUCGAUUUAAAGAAACUUGAUUAGCGACACGGUCUGUUAAAAAAAGCUGGAAUUAGCUGGGAGAGAUGGUGUUGAAACUGUUUAGGAUCCUUCAGAACUCUUGGACGUCAAUGUCCGCCAUCUUGGCUUCACUUUUCUCAUAGUCCGAAUGACUCAAGUUCUCGCUCCAGUUAUAUAUAGAGAGAUCACUGGUUGCGAUCCCAGACUAUGAUUGGCGAAAUGCAAAGAUUACAUCAAAUCACAUCCUGCAAAUUAAAGUGGCUUUUCCACAAAUGGACAUCAGACAAGGGUAUGCAAGUUCUCGCCUCUCUUUAUCACCAUAAUUUUUGCAGUUGGUAACAAUAGAUUAAAAAAAAGAUGCAUCAACUUAAUUCGCUUCAUAUAAUUGUGUGAUCUAGUUAACGACAUCCAAUCAAUGAUCGUUCGUUAAAACCAGCUAGUGAGAAUUAUUUUUAGGAUAUUUUCAGAAUUUUUUCAAAGUGUAAUAGAGCAUUAUAUUAAUAAUUUAUUAAUAAAAGUAAACUUUUUUCUGAGUUAACUUGUAUUGUAGUAGUUCGAGCCCUCAGAUUGCCGUAGAGUAUUUUAAUUAAACAUAAAAAAUAGACACUCCUUAAAUUGUUAAAAUUUUCACAUUCUCGUCGUUUCGACUACAUAUUUCUAGUCGUCUUCAGGAGAAUGCCGCGUAUUUUAAAAGCCAGCUAUUUUAUAGUCAUACAAACUUUACAACUCGCAAGUAACGAGCUUAUAAGUAAUUGGCCUUUAAAAAUACGUGCCAUUUUCCUGAAGAUGACUGUAAAUACAGGUGUAUGCACGCAUGGGUAGUUUGAGCUCUGCUGGUGUAUUUACCACUAAAAUAAUUUUGAAAAGUAAAUUUUCGAGUGCAGAGGGUUGUUUUUAAAAAACCACUCUAAAAAUGACUUGAGCACAAAAUGGAAGGCUUAACACGCGCAAUUUGAAUUAAUAGGGUGCAAAUUUAGAAGAUAUUUUUAUGAAUUAUCGAAGUACCAGACAAUUUCAUGUAAUGUGCGUGCUAAUGUCCAACGCGCGACCACUAAAAUGUGAACUUUUUGCCAUAGUAGCCUUUCACGCAUAAAUUUUAAACUUUUUGUAAAAAAAUCAGUCAUGCGUUUAACAAAUUGUGCGUGAAUGGCUAAUAUGGGAAAAAGUCAAUUUUUCAGGAGGCCGCGCGUUGGACUUGGCGUACAUCAAACUGCUGGUACUUUAAUAGUUCAUGAACCACUUUCUAAAUUUGUACCCUAUGAAUUCAAAUUACGUAUUUAUAAUAAGCCAUUUUUAGAGUGGUUUUAUAAAAAAAACAACUCCUGCAUGCACUUCAUAAUUUUAGUGUUAAAGAUAUAGCAGACUCCAAAGUACACAUGCAUGCAUAAUAAAGUUUUCAAAAAUUUUACGGAAUUUGCAGUUAGCGAACAUUUUCGAACUGUGCAGGUUUUUUUCAUACACCCUGUAUAUAUAGUUGAAAUCAGAAUGAAAAUGUUAACAAAUUUAUCCAGUAUACUCAAGAGUCAAGAACAGCGUACAGCAGUACGCUAUUGCUUUUGUCAUGAUGAAAUAGCGGAGAGUAUAAUCAUUUCUCCUGUACCUAUUUUUUAGACGUGUCACCAAAACCACAGGAUCCCAUCUGUGUCUGUGUUGUAUGUUUUUCAGUUUAUUUAUUUUAGUAUAUUUAUAUUGCCUUUUAAUUUAAUUAUAACACUACAUUACACUAAUAUGUCAUAUAACAAUAAUAAUACUCCUAUAGUCGAACAUAUAAUAACAACAUAUAAGUUGAUUUGUAUUUGUAUGUUAUUCAGUUUAUUUAUUUAAGAUCUAUUAUUAGCUUAUAUAUAAAAGCAACGCCUUUCGAACCUGACAGCCCGUUCGCAGGAUACACGCGUUAUUCAUAUCUUGCCCGCGUGUAUCCUGCGAACGGGCUGUCAGGUUCGAAAGGCGGUGCUUUUAUAUAAGCUAAUAAUAGAUCUUAAAUAAAUAAACUGAAAAACAUACAAAUGCAAAUCAACUUAUAUGUUGUUAUUAUUAUUAUGUUCGACUAUAGGAGUAUUAUUAUUAUUAUAUGACAUAUUAGUGUAAUGUAGUGUUAUAAUUCAAUUAAAUUAAAAGGCAAUAUGAAGACAGUAAAAUAAAUAAACUGAAAAACAUACAACACAGACACGGAUCAACGCUUGGUCUUCCUGUGCCAAAACACUACACAAUAUGUAUUAGGCCAAGGGAAUGAAAGUCAUAGAAUACCGUCCUUAUAAUUUCAAAAAUAGAUGAGGCUUUUUUUCAUUAUUCAUUAUUCAUUAUUUU